AUGCAUUUUAGUCGACGCGCACGGUUUUCUUUUUUUCCAAAGUUUGCUGACACAAUUUCUGCAUUUUUCUUCGACAUGAAUCACCCCAUUAGAAAAAUAACAUGUUAAAAAUGUUUUUAAACAGAAUCUUUCGAUUUAUGAAAUCACAAAUUGCUAUUUUUCCAUUGAAAAAACUUCGCGGUGCAAUAUGUUGCUUUUUCCGUGAAAAAAAUAUUUUUUUGACUUUUACUGUUCGAAUGUUUUUUCUCCUUCAUUUUUCAGUAAAUUUUCAAAUUUAUAUUUUUGAGCCCUGCUGUUCAGAAUGCGUUCUGACUACAUUAUUUCUUAAAAUAAAAAAAAACCCAUCCUUUUUCUUAUUCUUAAUUCAAUUGGUGCACUCGAAGAAUGAGAUCAUUUGGUCUAACAAACCAAUCCAAAAAACCGCAGGCCUGCCGGAAAACGAAAAAAACAGAAGGGGAAAAAGAGAGACGCAGACACACCAAACAGCGCUCCACCGCAAAAUCAAUGUCUCUCGUUUUCUUGUCGCAUUUCUCUCGUUCGUUCACUUACUCAUCCUUUCGAUUUUAUUCUUUUUGUAUAGAAAAAUAGAAAUUUUCGCAUUUGAAUAUAAAAAAGAACGUUUCAGAACGCUAGAAAUGUCGGAGAUCAGUGAUGCGGAGAAAGUUAGAAUUGCUUCGGAUUUCAUCAAACACGCACCACCAGGAGAAUUCAAUGAGGUUAGUUGAAAAAAAGAUUAGAAGUUCUUUCGAAAUGCUAAAGCCCACAUUUUUAAACUUACGUGUAAACAUUUCGGAAGCAUGUUUAAAAUUAUAUAUAUUUUUCAAUCCCCUUUACACUAUUCAAAAUAUUUCCAGGUGUUCAAUUCCGUUCGAAUGUUAAUGAAUAAUGACGAUCUUCUCAAAGAUAAAUGCAUCACAGCAGUUUCUCAAUAUAACAUUGGUCAAUUUGUUCCCGUCAAAUUGGACGGUGUUCCAAAACAAACAUUGAUUACUUCACACAAUGAUCUUGGAAAUGGUCGAUUCUAUGAUGAAGUUUCGAAAAAGAGUUUCAAAUAUGAUCAUGUUCGAAAAGAGGCCAGUGAUUUACAACCACAUACAACUUCUACCAAUAAUAUUGAUGAACAAUGGAGAGUUGCAUUGCAAAAAGAAUUGGAUGCUUAUGUUGAUAGUUAUUAUUUGAAAACAGGAACUGGUGUCGUUUUUGUGAAGAAUGGUGUUUUUGUUGUUUGUAUUGAAUCACAUCAAUUUCAACCAAAGAAUUUCACGUAAGUUUUUUAGAGAAAAAUAUUUCUCGAAAAAUAAUUAUUUUGGGAAAACCGGACAUUUAGUUGUUGUCAUCGGGAAUUUGAAAUCUCUAAAUUUUUAACAAAAACAUACCUCAAUUGAAUAAAAUAUCAAUUUAAUUUUGUAGCAAUGGUCGAAUUCGAUCAGAAUGGACAAUUCCAGUUGGCGAUGGAAAAUCGGGUCAACAAGAUUUGAAAGGCUCAAUUCAUGCACAAGUUCAUUAUUAUGAAGAUGGAAAUGUGCAAUUGUUCUCAAGUAAAGAACCAGUUGUCAAAGUCAAUGUUUCGGCGGAUUUCGAGAAAACCGCUCAAGAAGUAUUCCGUGUAAUUAGCGAAGAAGAAAACAAAUAUCAAAAGAGUCUUUUGGAGAAUUAUUCGAAUAUGAGUGAACACACUUUUAGAGCACUCAGAAGACAAUUGCCAGUGACACGUGCUAAAAUGGAUUGGAACAAGGUAACUGAGCAUAGAGAGAUUUCGGAUAACUUUGGAUUGAGGAAACUUUGAAAUUUGUUUUUCAUGAUUUUGUAGUUUUCCAGUUAAACUUCUAAUUCCCUAUUCAAAGUUUAUAUCUUGAAACUUAUCUUUGAAUUCAAGAAAAAAUCAUAGAUUCCUCCCAGAACUUCGAAAACAAAUCAAUUUCUCUUCCACAACAAUUUUUCCAUUGAUAGCAAAAAUGUUUUUUUUUCUUCGAACGGUCAUGUCAUUGAUAUUUCUUUCUUCUCAUAUAUAUAUAUAAUUUUCCCCCAACAAAAAACUAUUGAUUUCCAAAUUUCAUAGUUCCCUUCCACGUCCCAUUUAUUUGUUUGAUUUCUGCCUUUUGUCCCCCUAUAUUUUCAUUCAUUUCAUAUAUAUAUAUUUUGCAGGCUCACACCUAUCGAAUUGGACAAGAAAUGAAGUAA